UUUUUUUUAUUAAUAUUAUUUAAUAUUAUUUAUCUAAUAAUUUUUAUAUUUAUAAUAUAAUUUUAUUUUAGAAAAUAAAAAAAAAAAAUGACUAGUAGUACUGUAACAGAAUCAAUUAACAAAUCACUCAAAUCUUCAACAGCUGAUUUCUCACCAAAGGAUGUUCACGAAACUGAUAUUGAAUCAGAUGCUAUCUUUUUAGAUGAACACUUUUCAGGAAAUGCCAAAGUAUUCCAUAAUCCAGCUGUCUCAGUCUUAUAUGAACAUGCUCUUCAAUUUGAACAUGGUUCAGCUAUUACCAGCUCUGGUGCCUUAGCUACAAGAUCUGGAGUAAAAACUGGUCGUUCACCAAAAGAUAAGCGUAUUGUUCACGAACCAAGUAGCUGCAAUGAUAUAUGGUGGGGUCCAGUCAAUAUCCCAUUAGACGAUUUAUCAUUUAUGAUUAAUCGUGAAAGAGCAAUCGAUUAUUUAAACACUCAAGAAAGAAUCUAUGUUAUUGAUGGUUAUGCCGGUUGGGAUCCACGUUACCGUAUCAAAGUUAGAGUUAUUUGUGCCCGUGCUUACCAUGCACUCUUUAUGCAUAAUAUGUUAAUUCGUAUUACAAGCAAAGAGGAAUUAAGAAAUUUCGGUGAACCAGAUUACACAAUUUAUAAUGCAGGUCAAUUCCCAGCCAAUCGUUUCACUAAAGGUAUGUCAUCAUCAUCAUCAGUCGCUAUCGAUUUUGCUCGUAAAGAAAUGGUUAUUCUUGGUACUCAAUAUGCUGGUGAAAUGAAAAAAGGUAUUCUUACAAUUAUGAUGUAUCUCAUGCCAAAGAUGGGUGUUCUUCCAUUACACUCCAGUUGCAACCAAGGUCGUGAUAAUGGUGAUACCACCUUAUUCUUCGGUCUCUCUGGUACCGGUAAAACUACUUUAUCAGCCGAUGUUCAUCGUGAAUUAAUCGGUGAUGAUGAACACGUUUGGACUGAUACUGGUUGUUUCAAUAUCGAAGGUGGUUGUUAUGCUAAAUGUAUCGAUUUAUCACGUGAAAAAGAACCAGAAAUCUUUGAUGCCAUUAGAUUUGGUUCAGUUCUCGAAAAUGUUGUCUUCAAUAAUGUUACCCGUAAAGUUGACUACAAUGAUACCUCAGUCACUGAAAACACUCGUUGUGCUUAUCCAUUAGAACACAUUCCAAAUGCUAAAUUCCCAGCUAUUGCAGGUCAUCCAAAGAAUAUUAUCAUGUUAACUUGUGAUGCUUUCGGUAUUCUCCCACCAGUCAGUCGUUUAACUCCAGAACAAGUUAUGUAUCAUUUCAUUCAAGGUUAUACUGCUAAAGUCGCUGGUACUGAAGUUGGUGUUACUGAACCAACUGCUGCCUUUUCAUCAUGUUAUGGUGAACCAUUCAUUGUAUGGCAUCCAACUAAAUAUGCUGAAAUGUUAGCAGAACAAUUACAUCGUCAUAAAGCUAGAGCUUGGUUAAUUAAUACCGGUUGGACUGGUGGUUCAUAUGGUGUUGGCAGUCGUAUCAAGUUAUCCUACACACGUGCCAUCAUUGAUGCCAUUCACAGUGGCGAACUUGAAAAACAAGAAACAACUCCAAUGGAUGUAUUUGGUCUUUUAGUUCCAAACUCAUGUCCAAAUGUACCAAGUGAAAUUUUAAUGCCAAUCAACUCAUGGUCAGAUAAAGAAAAAUAUAAAACUACUCUCCAUAAACUUGCCAAAUUAUUUAUUGAAAAUUUCAAAAAAUAUCAAGAUAAAGCUUCAAAAGAGGUUUUAGCUGCUGGUCCACAAUUAAAUUAAAUUUCACAUACAUCCUUUUCCCCUCCCAAUAAAAUCAAAUAGUAUAUUUAAAAAAAAAUAAAUAAUUUAUAAUGGUAAUAAACAAUCAUCAUAUUAAUAACAUUAAUGAUAUAAUAAACUUCAAAUCAAAAUCAAAAUCAAAAUCAAAAUAUAAAAUUUAAUUAAAUCAAAAUCUAUAAAAAAAAUCUUUUUUUUAUAUUAAAUUAAAAAAAUAGAAAAAAAAAAUUAAAAAAUAAAAAUAGAAAAAAAUU